ACAGUCUCCUCCUCCCCUUCGUCUUGAUACCCUGGAUAAUGCCAGUUAAAGUAGUCGUUCUUCCCUUCGACUACUGCCGGCCCCAACUCUCGUCACACUGUUAAUCGACACUCCCGCGAAUACAUCACUCGGCUCCCCGUCUGUAUUCUUUCUACCAUCCAAACUCUCUUUCACCUCCCUGCAUCUGGCCUAUGUCUCCCAGUCCAUCUGACAACCUCCCUUGGCCUCAACCGACACCCCCACCUAAUCCCUCAAAACGUACGAGACACUGGAGCGGCGCGGCACCGCUGGACCAUCGACGUUCGAUCGUGCCUCGACAGGUAGUAGUUAAUCAGACCGGCGUAGCUGAAGCUGCUGAACAGUGCCAGUUCACGUCCGGGAACGACGUCGUUUCAUGUUUUCCCACAGCGAACAGCAUUUUUCCACAACACGAAUGGGCGACCUUUGUCUGGAAUAGCAAUCUACCCGACUUUACACAGACUGACCGGGUGGACAUCCGUCUCUUCCAUGGCGACUCCGGUCAUCAGGUUCUAGAAAUGCUUGACCAGCUAAAUCCCAGAGGGAGAGCGGGUGCUGUAACAGCUCAGGUAAAUGAUACCUGGUUUCCGGACGGUGGUCUAGGCUGGUCUGGUACGAAUAUCUCGUACCCAUUCUAUUGGGUGAUUACCCGGGCGAAUGUCUCUCCAAAUGACACCACAACACCACAGGCAACGUUCACCGCCGUUCAGACAACUUACGCAGACUCCGUGACAUCAUCUCUCGCGUCUGUCUCAUCUGUCGCAGCAGCCUCUGCCACAUCCGUUGCAGCCAUAUCAUCCGCGUCUGUUGCUUCGACACGAUCCGUCGCUUCUGUAUCGGCCUCCCAGGCAGCGACAGCUUCAACACCUGGCGUCUCGACGACAUCGUCAGGCGCCGGAGGUUUGCAGCAGGACAGCGGGUCGAGUUUCCCACAUUGGGCCAUUGCAGUCAUCGUCGUUCUUGGAUUCCUCGCCAUUGUAGCUACUUGCGUCCUCAUCUUCCUCAUUGCCCGUCGCGUGCGAAGGAAUCGAAGUCUGGCCAACUCUCGGCGCGGAUCCAUUGGAUCUGCAUCUCCCAUGAUCACGAACACUCUGGGAGGUGCGCCACAGUCACCGGUCUUGGAUCAGCCUGGGAUGCAAGGCUUCGGAGAUCCGCCUUCGAUAGCGCAGCGGCCACCGUCAAUCUCUUCCCCUGACGGUGCAUCGACUAUCUCGCACCCACACUCGGCCGGUGAGGGCCUGUUCUCAGGAGCAGAUGCUGCUAUCAUGGCAGACGCAUUCCGUAAGGCUCUGCGAAAACCUGACUUUGCAGAACCGGCAAUAGAGGAGGGGGAUAGUCCGGAAGCUGUGGAGCGGCGAGACGCAGAAUUGUUGAGUCGAGAGCUUGCCGAAGAAGGUCGGGACAUUAGAAGCGUUAGCUCGUCGAGAGGUGUCCGAGUCGAAACACUGAGCGAUGGUGGAGGGACAAUCCACGACAGUCCACGCUAACCACAUGUCGUCCUCAAGCUCGUCUUAAUCUGUAUGCUCCCCAUCCUGCCUUCUGUCCUCGGGCUUCCGGUUUUUGUAUGAUCGUGUGUCUCAUCUUCGUUGCAGUCCUCUUGCCUCCCAUCAUCCCACCUGCCAUUUUAAUGUUUGGAGUUAUCAUUCUACCUGCCGUUGCCCGUGUGUCCCAUCACUUCCUCCUUGCCUUUUUGGGCGACGCCUCUCUGCCCUCCCUCACCUCAAACGGUUUGCACCCUGCCUUCGAGUUGCCCGCAGCGUCGGAACCCUUACUUUUUAUUUUGCGGACAACCUCACUUUACUUCUAGUUGCUUUCAUUAUAUAUAUCUUUGGUAUUCUAGUCCCGUCGUCCAUGCGACAUCCGCUCCUUCAUCGGCACCCGUCUCAGUCGUCGCGCCGGUCGAUGGCGCACCUCGUCUCACACACCCACAGCGGUUUCCCGCGCACCGCCCCUCGCCCUGGUCAUCUUCUCACCCGCCAUCGUUCACACAUGACAUUCCCAGCCAACUCGCUCGCUCUUUUCUCCGGCUGCCGCUGGUGUACUGUGCCCGCGUCCCACCUUCGUUUUAUGUUGUACGUAUGUGGAUACAAUGAUGCUUUUGCUAUGAGGGAUCUCAC